CCGUUACCACGCCUAUGGAUCAAACAAUUCAAGAUAGAUACUUGGGAUCUUCGAAAGACCCCUCCAUAAAUUGAUCCUGGGGUCAAUACCGUUAAAUCGUUCUCGAUAACGGUUAUUAAAUGUCAAAUGUCGUUUUAUGUUUUUCAACAUAAUAUUUAGUAUCAUAUUUUGGGCUCGUUGGAAAGCUUUUCAAAUUUCUAACAUGAUUGAAGCAGUGCCAAUAGGUCCUGAACCGGCUUGGGCGAACUUCUGAGCGAUAUACAUAUAAAUCAGUUCAAAUCAUUGGUGAAUCAGUAAACGGUAAAUGAUGCGAAAGCAUUUUUAAGAGAGAAGUCAUGAGUUUCAGUAUUUCGCAAAGCACUUAGACGCUUUGCUACCCUUUUUUGCGUGUAUCAAAGUAAUUUUGGAAUAUCAUGUUAAUUUUUAUGUAUUGUAUACCUGAAGUGGUAUGAGUAGAGAUAAUUCUCAUCACAUAAAAAGAAUUUUGUAGUCAUUAUCUAAUAACAUCCAACUUAGAAUCAGUAUCAGUGCGACUUUCAAACUGUUAAAGUCACUUUAAUUUGUAGAUCUCGCAGUGAAAUAAAAUUCUCAAAUGGCUCCAAUUAAAUUCUAUCACCAUCCCAUGAGUCCACCUUCGCGUUUGGUUUUUUUGACUAUCAAGAACCUAAACCUAGAUGCGAACAUUGAAGUCCUCGAUCUAUUUAAUAAAGCCCAAUUAAGUCCUGAAUUUGUGAAGAAGAAUCCGCAGCAUACCGUGCCAACCAUUGAGGAUAAUGGAUUUAUUUUGUGGGAAUCCCGUGCUAUUGCUUCGUACUUAGUUUCAGCCAAAGCUCCUGGAAGCUCUUUGUAUCCGACAGACCCCAAGAAAAAAGCUGUUGUGGAUGCAAGAUUGUAUUUGGAUCAAGCUCUGCAACUUGCACUGACAGCAAUUGUCUUUCCAAUUCAUACCCAAGGUGCCACAAGCAUUGAAAAGGAUAAAAAGGACAAAGCUUAUCAGAUCCUCGAGAAUCUGAACACUUUUAUGGAAGGAAAACCAUACGCUGCUGGAAAUGAAUUAACAAUUGCCGAUUUGGCUCUUUUAGCCACAAUAUCAAGCCUCUACGAAAUGGGAGCCAAUAUUCCGAAAUUCAAGAACAUCAUGUCUUGGUACAAAAAACUGGAGUCAAUCCCUGGCUUUAAAGAGAAUGGUGAAGGCGCUAAAGGUCUGGGGGAUUAUGUAAAAUCGAAAGUCUCUAUUAGCGGAACUUGGGAUGAUUAACACGAUAUCCUUGUACAAAAAUGUACAUUUGAAUAUAAUUAUUUUUGAUUUGUCAAAAAGAAAGAAGUGCAGAAAAUUAAAAAAAAAUAAAAAAGACAAGUGAUUUUGCAUUUUUUGUUAUCUGGAAAUAAAAUGAAGAGGUCAAGAGACCUGAUAGAAAAGUGUAAA